ACUGUCAUCCAUUAGAUCUCUAAAGCAAAUCAGUCUCAUAGUCCAAAUUCACAAUGGCUUUACAUCAAUUUGAUUAUAUCUUCGCUAUUGCGAUGAUCUUUGCAUUCUUGGAUGCAUGGAAUAUCGGAGCAAACGAUGUUGCAAACUCUUUUGCCUCAUCUGUUUCCUCCCGUUCUUUAAAAUACUGGCAAGCCAUGAUAUUGGCUGCAAUUAUGGAGUUCUUGGGUGCUGUUCUUGUUGGUUCUCGUGUUUCUGAUACUAUCAGAAAUAAGAUUGUUGAUGUCUCUGUCUAUGAAAAGGAACCGGCAGUAUUGAUGUUGACCAUGUCCUGUGCCUUGAUUGGUUCAUCUACCUGGUUAACUAUUGCCACUUCUAUUGGUAUGCCAGUCUCUACCACCCACUCUAUUGUUGGUGCCGUUAUUGGUUCUUCCAUUGCUGCCAAGGGUGCUCACAAUAUCCUUUGGGGAUGGAGUGGUGUUGCUCAAAUUAUUGCCUCAUGGUUUAUUGCCCCACUUAUUGCUGGUUGUUUUGCAACCAUCAUUUUCUUGAUUUCAAAGUAUGCUGUUUUGGAAAUCAAGGAUCCAAGAAGAUCUUUAAAGAAUGCCAUGUACUUGGUUCCAUGCUUAGUGUUUACCACCUUUUCUAUUUUAACCAUGUUGAUUGUUUGGAAGGGUUCUCCAAAGUUGAAGUUGAAUGAUUUGUCAACUGGUACUACUUGUGGUGCUAUCUUUGGUGUUGGUGGUGUUGCAGCUGCUUUGUAUAUGCUUUUCCUCUUCCCAUACUUUAACAGAAAGUUGAUCCAUGAAGACUGGACUUUGAAGUGGUAUGAUGUUCUUAGAGGUCCUAUUUUUUACUUUAAAUCUACAGACAAUAUUCCACCAAGACCAGAAGGUCAUGAAUUAACAAUUGAUUACUAUGAAGGUAGAAGAUAUGAUGAAGCUGGUAAUUUGAUUGAAAAGGUUGAUCUGAUUGAAGAACAAGAAACUAUUGUCAAGGAAGGCGAAUCAAGUGACUCUGACCAUGGUGAUAUUGAAAAAGUAGCUGAACCUAAAGUUAAGAAAACUACCAGUUCUGCUCCAAAGCACAAGCAUCCUCGCGGUUGGAAAGAAUACAAGAAACUUUUCAAGCAACCUUCUCAAUACCCAUACCUUCUUUUCCUUUUGUUGACCAACGGUGUUAGACAGGAUGUUAUUCACAACCAAGCUUCUUCCAAGGAUAUCUUAGCUGGUGACUUAAAGAAAUUACACACUUCCUCCAAAUACUACGACAACAAGAUUGAAUACAUGUACUCAUUAUUGCAAGCCAUCACUGCUUGUACCAUGUCUUUUGCUCACGGUGCAAACGAUAUCGCCAACGCUACUGGACCAUUAGCCACCGUCUACUUAACUUGGAGCACCAACACUACUGCCUCCAAGGCUGAAGUUCCAGUCUGGGUUCUUUGUUAUGCUGCUUCUGCUUUAGUUAUUGGUUUAUGGACUUUUGGUUACAGAAUCAUGGCUAACUUGGGUAACAAGUUAAUUUUACAAUCUCCUUCAAGAGGGUUCUCCUUAGAAUUAGGUGCUGCCAUCACUACUGUUAUGGCCACCCAAUUAAAGAUUCCUGUUUCUACUACUCAAUCUGCCGUCGGUGCUACUGUUUUUGUUGGAUUGUGUAACAAAGAAUGGAAAUCUGUCAACUGGAGAAUGGUUGCUUGGUGUUACUUGGGAUGGAUCUUUACUUUACCAUGUGCUGGUUUAAUUGCUGGUAUUCUUAAUGGUAUAAUAUUGAAUGCUCCAUCCAAGGGUAUUACUUACACUAUGUAAGGAAAUAAAAGUGGGAAUUAUUUAGAUAUUUUUACAUAGAUCAAGAACUCGGUAUUUUUAGGUGUUUAUAAUUUUUUAUUAAUUUAAUUGUUUUCAAGUUGAUCAAUUUCUGCUAAAACAAAAAAGAUUCCACAAUCUCAACUCUUUUUUCUUCUGGUCUGGAUUGGUAGUGUCUGCAUUACAUAGUCAGAGAACCCCC